AUGAGUGGUUCAUCUCAUCAACGUCUUAAAGGUAUCUUAUCCGUAACUGUACUUAAAGCAAAGAAUUUAAAAAAAGCUGAUUGGUUUGGUGAAAAUGAUUGUUAUGUAGUUGUUUCGCUUGAACCUGUCACAAUGCGUCCUGGCGAUGAAAUUCAACAAACGGAAACAUAUCAAAAGACACAAAUUCAUGAUGGUUUACAUCCAAUUUUCAAUGAAAAACUUGUCUUUCCUGUACCACAUAGAUUAGAAUCAUUAUAUGUUCAAGUAUGGGAUUCAGAUGUUGGUAAAGACGAUCUUUUGGGUUAUGGAACAUUACAUUUAAUUGAUGAUGAAUUAGGUGGUCGAUACGAUACAAAUUUGGAUAAAGAAUGGCUUCAUACUGCAACCAUUCCAUUAAUUACUGAUGAUGGAAAAAAUAAUAGCACUUUAGAAUUAGUACUUCAUUACAUUCCUGAGAGUAUCGCUGCUUAUAUGGGCAAAAAAUUUAAUGCAACUCAAGCAGAUGUCAAGAAAAAAAUAACUCAAAAAGUCGUUGAAAAAGUAACCGGUGCUACCACUACCACUGAAAAGGUUCGAGCCUAUGUUGGAAUACAUGUUUGA